CCUUACUUCAGAUCUAAUCUCCCUUUCUUCACAUUAAAUCUGACCGCCGAUUAAGGAUGAUGGCCAGAAGAGCUGUUGUUUCUGCAAUUGAUCUCAUUCAUCGAAGAGGAUUUCUCAAUCGAUGGUCGCAGAAAUCGGGUAUUCUCUCUCCUCUGUUCUCUCUCUUCUCUUCCGAGGCUUUUCAACCUAAGCGGUCUAGAAUCGAUUUCAGUUGUGUUAAAGAAGUAGACGAUGUUAUUCAAUUGUUUCAAAAAAUAAAGAGUAUGCGGCAAGAGCCUUCUGUUCGCAUGUAUAACAAUCUUUUGAGUGUUACUGCAAAGAUUGAGCAGUAUGGUUUUGCCCUUUAUGUGUUCGAUGAAAUGCUUAGGAUGGGUGUCCCAGUUAAUAAUUACACAAGGAAUAUUGCUGUCAACUGUUGUUGUCUCUUGAAAGAUAUAUACUCAGCUUUUUCUAUAAUGGGAUUCUUUCUCAAGAGAGGUUACGAACCAAAUGUAGUGACUCUCAGCACUCUCAUAAAAGGGUUAUUCUUAGUUAAUAAGGAGGUUGAAGCCGUGAGACUGUUUGAAAAGAUUUUGGAUUUAAAACUUUGCGAGCCAGAUGGUAUUAUGAUUCUGCAUGUGACUGAUGGGCUAUGCAAAGCUGGACAGGUCGUUGAAGCCCAUGAUUGGCUUCAUAGAUUAGAAAGUAGUGGAUGGAGUCCCGAUGUAUACGCUUACAAUGCACUAAUUGAUGGAUUUUGCAAGAGUGGAAUGGUGGACAAUGCCUUCAAGGUUCUAUCCAAAAUGGUUGGGAAUGGUAUUUUACCUGACGUUGUCACUUAUAGUUCCAUUAUUAAUGCAUACUGUAAGGAAGAAAAGAUGGAAGAGGCUGAGAAUAUGUUGGAAAUUAUGAUGCAACAACAUAUUUGUCCUAAUGUCUUCACUUAUUCUUCGCUUAUUGAAGGGCUGUGCCUGAAGGGUGAAAUCGAAAGAGCGAAACAGUUACUUGAUUCCAUGGUAGAGAGAGGCCUUAAACCCAAUAUUAUUAACUAUAGCACCUUGCUAAAUGGAUAUUCCAAGAAAGGAAGCUUGGUUGAAGCAUGGCUUAUUUUUCUUGAAAUUCGCGAUAAAGGUCUCAAGCAUAAUGUGCAAACUUAUAGUACAUUAUUGGAUGGGUUGUUGAAGCGUGGGAUGGUUGAUGAAGCUCUGCUUCUGCUGUCCGAGAUGGUGGAGAAGGGUAUCUCGCCUAAUGUUGUCACAUGCAGCAUAUUGAUAGAUGGAUAUUGCUCGCUUGGCGAGAUGGUUAGAGCUAGACAGCUCUUCGAUUCAAUGCCAAAGAGGGGAAUCAAGCACAAUAUAUUCACCUAUUGUAUCUUGAUUAAGGGAUACUGCAAGGCGGGAAACCUUGAUGAAGGGUGGCGUUUCUUCGAUGAAAUCUCGCGUGUAGGUCUCAAACACUCGACCGUGUCAUACACCACGAUGAUGCAUGGGCUAAUAUGCCUAAGUAGUUUUUCAGAUGGGUGGAAGCUUUUCCAAGAUAUGGAAGCUCAGAAUCUACAUCCGAAUCUCUACACCUACACCAUCUUAUUGGACGGCUUGUGUAGGAUCCGUCGGAUUAAUGAGGCGUUGACAUUUUUUAGGUUGAUGGAGGCGAAAGGCAUGAAUCCUGAUAUCGUAACGUACGGUGCUCUGAUCAACGGCUUGUGCAAAGGCCGAAGACUUGAUGAAGCUAUAAGGCUCUUCAACCAUCUCCCUUCCAAGGGUUUAAAUCCGAACGUACAAAUCUACAACAUGAUGCUCGACUCCCUCUACCAUGAAGGGGAGGCUAGGAGGUUGAUGGAGGAGAUGGACAGGAGCGGCUGCGCGCCUGAUGGCGUGACGUUCAACAUUAUUGUGUGGAAUCUGGUGAAGAGCAAAAGGGUGCAUGAGGCGAUUCCUUUCUUAGAGGAGAUGUGCAGGAGAGGAUUCGUGGUUAAUUCCGAGAUCAUUUAUGCUUUGCGUGAUGAACUAAGAAUUAGAGAAGGUAAAGAUGAGAAAUUGCAAGAGAUUGUUAAGAAAGUUUGUGCUCAAAAUUGAGAGAGGUCUGCAAUCUACUCUCAGCUUUUCUCUUGUCUCUAACGCUUGGAUUAUUCAAGGGUUGUGUACGUUUACAAGGGAAUCUGAGACUGCGAAGAAGCCUUUGUGUAAGGGCUACAUUGGUGUCCCACGGAAACUCAGCCGGGAGCACAGGGACGUCAAGCUGGCUCAGAUAUGCGGCACCAUCGCCUCAGGCUCAGAUGAGAAGCGCCACGAAACUUCUCGGUAAGGAAAGCGAUGCUGCUCUUGCAGUUCGUCUCCGUGGUUUUCAUAUUGUAGGGAGAAUUGUGUUAUUGCAGCACUCAGGACGAUGUCUCAUUUAAAUCUUUUAUUUUUUUCAUUUCUUAUUUAAUUUGAUAUAUAAUAUGUAAACAAUAGAUUUUAAAAUAAGCAAGUUAUAUUAAUUUAAAGUUAUAAUACAUAAAAUAUUUUAUUAUUAUUAUUUUCCUUGAAAAUGUAAUGCUAUUUUACUUGAAAUUUGAACCGUAUUUCAGUUUUUUAAAAUUAUCAAAUUAUGUAUUUUAUUUACUUUAACGAACAUUAAUUCAAUAAUUUCAUUUAAUUAAUUGAAUAUUAAUUGGUUUUAAAUUAUAAAUUACAAUAAUAUGUACGCAAGCUUUCUCAAAUUCUCAUGCAAUCAAUUGAUUAUUAAUUAAUUCUUCAAAUUGUAUAUUAAAAAAUGUAUGUACUUUCUCGGUUUUGGGGCUCUGAUGAGAAAUGAAAAUAUGGUGUGAAGUCCGGUUAUGUCUGUGUGCUAUUAAUUACUAGUUUCAAAAAAUAAAGAGUAUGCGGCCAGAGCCUUAUGUUCGCCUCUACAGCAAACUCAUGUGUGUUAGUGUAAAGAUUGAGCAGUAUUAUUUUGCCCUUUAUGUGUUCGAUGAAAUGCUUAGUGUAGAGAAUAUUGUUGUCAACUGUUGUUGUCUCUUGAAAGAUAUAUACUCUGCUUUUGUUGUAAUGGGAU